UGUGAUAUCAACGUCGACGGAUGCCCUUUCGGAGCCUUUCGACCGCGCCUUGAUAAAUCGAUUUGCAUCGAGUGAAAUCCGGCUGCCGGUCAAAAAAACCGCUGAACAAUUUACGACAACUAAGCACGGCCUUUGGGCCAAUCAGGCCGAUGUUGCAAAGUAGUGGUGACUAAUUCGCACGCCACCCCUACAUACGAGCACUGCGAUUUCACGCUCAUUCAGACAAUCAUAUUAGAAUCACGUCAAUAGGACACAGCUCAAGACUCCCUGCUUAUAAUGCUGGCCAGUGGGGACGUUUGUUACCAUCAACAUGGCUCCCAUCCCCACCGCACUCAUUGGAUUGUCGGCGAACUCCACCUGGAAAUGGUCGGGCUCUGCGCACCUGCCCUACUUGCUCUCCGCACACGGACGAUCUCGCUACACCAUCGUCGCCGUUCUCAACUCGUCCAAAGAAUCUUCCCUUGCUGCUAUCAAGCACUUCAACCUCCCCGUCGAGACGCGCGCGUACGGUUCGCCCGCGGAACUGGCGGCGGAUAAGGACAUUCGGCUUGUCGUGUGCAGCACGCGUGUCGACAGGCACUACGAGACCGUCCUCGCGUCUGCCCAGGCUGGGAAAGACGUGUACGUCGAGUGGCCGCUGGCGCAGGACACCAAACAUGCAAAGGAACUGGCUGACGCCGCCCGAAAUGGUGGUGGGCGGACAAUGAUUGGUCUGCAAGGCCGUGUUAGCCCUUUGACGCUGCAGCUCAAGAAGCUGAUCGAGGAUGGGCGGAUCGGGAAGGUCCUGAGCACGGAGUUCCAUGGCGCAGGCGCGACCAAUGGACGCGAUUCAGUGCUCAGAGGGACCGAAUAUUUCCUCCAGCACUCGGUUGGUGGGAAUAUUGUCACCAUCUAUGGAGGCCACGCGUUCGAUUUGAUUCAGACAGUUCUGGGCGAGGCCACCGAGAUCAAGUCACAGCCACAGCUGCAACGUCCGAUCAACACUGUACGCGACCCCGCGACCGACACCGUCACCGACAACAUCAAAUCCGACGUACCGGACCUAUUUAUCGUCACCGCGCGCCUGACGGAGUCGCCGACCGUCGUGCGCGACGCAUCCCUGCUGUUCCGCUUCCGCCGCAGUCCCCCGUUCCCGGGUGAGCCUGCGCUUGUGUGGAGCAUCGCAGGCGAGAAGGGCGAGAUACGCGUGACGAAUCAGGCGUUUUCCAUGCUUCACAUGGUGUCCGCGGGUAUUGUUGUCGAGGUGCAUGAUUUCGAGACGGACAAGGUGGAGAAGGUCGAAUUUGACCUAGAGGAGUCCUGGCCGGGGGACGCAACUGCUCCACUGCCGUCAAAAAUCGUGGCACUGUUGUAUGACCGUUUUGCCACCGAAGGGCAAUACCCGACUUGGGAGGACGCCGUGAAGCGGCAUGAACAGAUGGAUGACUUCGCUGCUGGAUGGGUCGCUUAGACGUGAUUUACAUGCAACAUGUACAACAUGUCGACAAACAAACAUAUUAAAAUUGGCUAACAGGAAAUGCUUGACCCGAUCACAUCUGGAGAGACCAGUGGAUCUCCAUACAGAAUAUAUGCGCAUCGCCUCGGUCCAUCGUGUGAGUGCAAACAUGAAGGGGAACCCGGAGAUCAUAGCACCUCAAAACAUGCCCUUCCUCCAUUGCGGACCCAGCCCACGGUUAGCAACAAAAAUGCCGGCAAUCACCCUCAGAGAAGGCUACCC